GAUUCGUUGCCUGCAACUAAGAUAAGCAAGUAAAAUUUAAAAAUCCAAUCUUUCUAAUUCUGCAAUAAUAAUCGUCAUUUUUUAUGCAAAUCCAAAGUUUUUGUCAAUUUUCACACACCUCUCGCGCUCACUCUCUAGCUAACUCCUUUUUUUUUUUUUUUAAUUAAUUUUUGUCUUUUUUCUAACGUAAUCUCCGCCAUUUUCAGCGGGAUCUCUUUUCAACCCCAUUUGAAUAGCGGUUGUGCCGUGAAUAAACAUGGGUUUUUUGGCCAUUUAAGUAAUCAGGUACGAUGAUUUUCUGGUAGUGAUUUUUUCUUUUUACAGGAACUGAUUUGUUGGGUUUUAUUUCCUUGUUUAAUUUUUUUUUUUUAACUAAUGUCGAGUUCGAGUGUGAAUGAACUGCAUUUGAGGCUUGUAGAUUUGAGAAAUUAUGUUUGUGCCAAGUUAGGGUUUCUAUAAUUUUAUUAUUGUUGAGUUAUUAAGAUUUGUGGUAGCUCUGAUUAUAUGAUGAUUGGGAAAGUUGGGCUCUUUGUGCUGUAGGGUUUUGCUGAAAUAAAGUUGAUUGUAGAUAACUGUUAGGUUGUGAGAAUUAAUUGGGUGAUAUUUCAAGUGAGGUGAGAGAAGCUCAAUUCUUUUGGAAGAGAAGAAAAGGGGGGAAAUUGUUGAAGAUUCUGGGUGGAAUCUUGUUGAUUUUGAUGGCUCAGACCAAUCUGAAGCAAUCUCCAGAUCAAAUUUUUGGGGCUUCUUCUCACUCGAGGUCUUUAUCUCAGCCGUCAUUCAUGGCGAAUAAUUGCCUGCCCCCUUUAAGCCCUUUUCCUCCUAGUGAGUCUUCAUUGGCUUCUUCAAACUCUAGUUUGAAAAACACGUCAAUGGAGGAAACGGAUGUCAGCUCACGAGGGCCUGCAAUGGGUCUCACAUCUCCUAGGGAGAAUCCAUUCCGUGGGAGUGGUCUUCCCCCUCGUAGAGGGCAUCGCCGUUCUAAUAGUGACGUCCCAUUAGGAUUCUCAGCUAUGAUUCAGUCUUCACCUCAGUUGGUACCCAUAAGCAGCCAGGGAGGUUUAGGUCAAAUGACGAAUACAAGGGAGAAGUCUGGAAACAGUAUAUCGGCUGGGAUGAACAAACUCGAAGUGGAAGAAGUUAAUUAUGCAAAAAGUGAGGAUAUGGGUGAAAGAAAGUCUGAGGGAGAGGUUGUGGAUAACUUGUUUCAGUCGCUGAUGGAUUUAGAUCACGGGGAUACUUUGAACUCUUCUGGUGCCAACGGUAGAGAUAGAGGCACCCUUGUUAGAGGCACAACGAUUGCUGGUGGUGAUAGCAACGUUUACGAAUCAGAAAGCCUGAAAAAGAAUGCUGCUGUUGCACCCCAAAUUCGGCAUUUUAGGAGCCUUUCAAUGGAUAGCGGCAUUGGAAGCUUUCAGUUUGGUGACUCACCACCAAACUUACAGAACUCUCUGUGUAAUCGGGCAGAUCAGCUCUCGCCAAGCAAUUCAUUGAGUGAAAACUUAACUGAUAUCAAUUUGGAUUUUGGACACGGUGAAUUUAAUGAAGUAGAGCUGAGAAAGAUAAGGGCAGAUGACAGGCUCGCAGAAAUUGCAGUAUCGGAUCCAAAGCGAGCAAAGAGAAUAUUGGCGAACCGGCAGUCAGCUGCUCGUUCUAAGGAGCGGAAGCUCAGGUACAUCUCUGAAUUGGAACACAAGGUGCAGACACUGCAAACAGAGGCCACCACGCUAUCGGCUCAAAUUACUAUUGUUCAGAAAGACCAUGCUGAGCUGACUAAUCAGAACAACGAGUUGAAAUUCCGCAUUCAUGCUAUGGAGCAACAAGCACAACUGAGAGAUGCUCUGCACGAGACGUUGACUUCAGAAGUUCAGCGCUUGAAGUUUGGAAAUAUGGAGCUUAGAGACGAGGGUAGAACUUCUAAUGGUAUGGCACCUACGAAGCAUAACUUGUUCUCCUUGCAGCGACAGCAGCCCAAUCAAGUACAACGGUUACCUGUUACAACUUCAACCUCGACCACAGCUCCAACUGCUCCUGCUUCUGCAUAGUCGACUAGACUGCAUUUUCGAGUCUCUAAUUUCAAUCGAUUAGCUAAAUUACAGUAUCUGGUACUGGAGAUGUCUUGAUAGCGAGGUUUGGUUUAGACCCAAUAUAUCAUAUAUAGUCUUUAAUGUUUAUUUGGUUAUAUUCAUACAUGAGUUGCUUAGAGAAUAACGAUGUUGGAUUUGUUUUACUGGUAUAUAUAAAGGUGAAAACUACAGUUUGGUUU